ACAUCAGCCGUUGUUUACUCACAGAAAGAGCAGCAGGAAGAGAGUUAGGGAGUCUGAGGGAGAGAUAUAGGGAUUAUAUAGAGGGAUAAGCAGCGCUCUGCAGUAGAAAUGGCCACAGAUAUCGAGAGACUGGCUCUGUUUGAGGAGGCGCACUACGACCAGUAUGACUAUUAUAACCUGCAGGAGUACUCCUGCCACGCCGGGGGGAAAGGCCGCACCAAGCGGGAGAUCGGGCUCCACACUAACCGCCACUGCCCCGCCGGACACGAGCGCAAAAUCCUGGAGAAAUUCCACAACAGCGAGCUGAAGCGCAGGAGGACCAAGAGCUGCUCCUCCUGAGAGCCGCGUUACGAGCCGACCUGCACAGACUGGAGUUGAAACGAGAAACGGAUUGUGGUCCAAAUGUUUGUUCGCCUUUGCUGACCUACCAAACACGGGAUACCAGUGGUGCCAGUGACCCUUGCAAACCCCUUUUUCCUUAAGCGGUCACUGGAACUGGAUUCUGCACAGUGUCGGGUUGCAGCUGCGCACAUGAAUAUCGCAUUAUGUUCGGGGCUUAGGCCCCAUAAAUGUGUACUGUAAGUGGUGUUUGUGGAUUUUACAAGUUCUGAGUCACUUUAAAGAAAUAAAGGUUUGAAAGAGUUUAA